AUGCCGUUUUCGGGCCUUCUAGAAGUGAGGAACGGGUCGGACCCGGGGAACCGGUGUUGGGUUCGGUCUUGGAUCCGGGAUGUUGGGCCGGAUCCUUGGAUUUGGUGCUUGUUUGAAAAGAGGAAGGGAAGUAAUGUUACCAUCAGAACAAGGAAGUUUAUGACUAACAGGCUCCUCUCCAGAAAGCAAUUCGUCAUUGAUGUUCUUCAUCCAGGAAGGGCAAACGUUUCUAAGGCUGAGCUUAAGGAGAAGCUUGCUAGGAUCUAUGAUGUUAAGGACCCCAACACCGUGUUUGUGUUCAAGUUCCGCACCCAUUUCGGAGGGGGCAAAUCAACUGGUUUUGGUUUGAUUUAUGACACUGUUGAGAAUGCUAAGAAGUAUGAGCCUAAGUACAGACUUAUUAGGAAUGGACUUGAUACUAAGGUUGAAAAGUCAAGGAAGCAAAUGAAGGAAAGAAAGAACAGGGCAAAGAAGAUCCGUGGAGUAAAGAAGACCAAGGCUUCUGAUGCUGCCAAGGCUGGAAAGAAGAAAUGAGUUUUCAAAUAUCCCGGUUCUGCUUUUAAGAUUCUUGUGGUGUUGGAAUUUUGUAAUGGCUAUUUUAUUUUAUAGAUUCCUAGAUUGAGAUGUUUCCGUAAAUGCCCUUAUCUUUUUGGCUCUUAAAUUAUUAAUGUUCUGUUACAACUUAAGAUUGAGGAGAAUUCAGUUGAUAACUUAAGGCUGUUUUCAAAUGUUUGCUAGACUGUGAUUAUGAAUUCCUAUGGUGCUUGAAAAUUUGACGGAUCAA